UCAACAACAAAAAAAAAAAAAAAGUGUUGUUCCCGAUCAUCCAUCUGGAGCAAUGAAUUGAUUCUUAGGGGCUCUGUGAUUUGAUCAGCAGACACAGAGAGAUUGAAAAUUUGCAAAGCAUGUCAACAGCAGAACCUCCUCCGUUCCAAGAAGCAGCGCGAUGCGUUGUCUGCAAUUGCGGUUUCAACACCUUCAGGAGAAGGCAUCACUGUCGAUCCUGUGGGAGAACAUUGUGCAGUGAACAUUCAUCAAAUCAAAUGGCUUUGCCACAAUUUGGCAUUUACUCAAAUGUCCGAGUAUGCACGGAUUGUUUCAACAACACGCGGUCUGGGAAGGAUGUACCACAGACUUCUUCAGAUGGAGUAAACAGUGCGACAGAUACAAUUUCUAAAUUAGACAUUAAUGCAAAUGCUGAUUCAAAGUCCAUACCAACUGGAGAGAAUAUGGUUGUAUCAAGCAUUAGAGAGUGUAAAUGUGGAAUGCCACUUUGCAUUUGUGAAGCACCAGCCCCUUCCUCUGGUGCACUCCCUGAGCAGAAGAAACCCAAUCCAGUCAUUGCAGCUCCAUCAAAUCCUAAACCUAAGAAGACAGAUGCUGUUCCGAAAAAUAGAACCUCCAGUUCAACUAGCAAAUUUAAUUCUAUGUUUAAUGCUGGUCAUGUAACAAAUGGCACCUCAGACAGACCCCAGAUUGAUUAUGAAGUAAAUGGAGAGGGUUUGAGAGAAGCAAUAAAGAAUGGUGACAUUGCGGCUGUUAAGAAACUUCUUAAUGAGGGUGUGGAUGCAAAUUACAGGGACAAGCAAGGACUGUCUUUAUUACAUUUGGCUGCAGUCUUCAAUCAAACAGAUAUAGUUUUCAUUCUCAUGGAUUCGGGGGCAAGCCUGGAGUACAAGAAUGCACAAGGAGAAACACCUUUAGAUUGUGCACCAGCUACCUUGCAAUACAAAAUGCGAAAGAAGAUGGAAGAAGGUGGACCGAUCCAAAGAAAUUGAAUAAUAUAUUACUUUUAUGAGUAAUUUUUUUAUGCAGUUUCCCGAAGAGAGCUUCAAAUAUUACCGCCCCCUAAAAGUUCUCUGUUACCGGAACAAAAAAUUUCUGCUUCUGUAUAAUUGUGACAGAGAAUGGACUUCAAUUCAUCUUUCUGAAAUGGCAGACCAAGUAUGCUGACCUAUAUAAGACACAUCUUUGUUAGCCACGCAACUUAGGCAGCAUCUUGUUUGUAAAUUUCUUUGUUUUAUGACAUAAGAGCAUUUUUUAGUAUGCAUCUCUUUGUUGUUGAGCUGAGCUGUCUUACUUACUUCCACCUCAUGCAGUCAUAAAUGUUGAACUCUAAAUUAAAAGGGGUUUAAGAAUGAUGUGGUAUGACAAUCCCAUUUCAUGUCCCGGUCAUUUCUUCUCUCUUAUGUUGCAAGCAAUGACUCAUAAAACUGAUUUUGAUA